UGUGACAAACUGUACAAGGAGGUGCCCAGCUACAAGCUUAUUACUCCUUCUGUGGUGUCUGAAAGGUUAAAGGUCAGGUGCUCAGAAUUACAUUUAAAAGGGUUAAUUCACUUGGUGUCAAAACACAACUCCCAGUUGAUCUACACAAGGGCCACAAAGGGAGACAAGGAUGAAGCACCAGCAUAA